UACUCCUGAGACUGGCUCAGCCCACUUCCCACCUCCCACUCCCCAUGCCUCAGCCCUGGCGCCUCCCCAGGACUCUGAGAAACCUUCACAAAUUUCCCGAAAGCUGUCACUGAGCAUUCUCGUAUCCUUCUGCCUCCCUUGUCCAGUGCCAGAGUCACUCUAGCCACUCCAGUGACUCUUAGCCCAGCACUAGGUAUGGCUAACAGCCCCUAUGCUGGGCGGGGCGCGCUUCGGUCUGUGCAGAGCUCUGCGCCCAGCUGCUGAGCGACAGCCUCUGGCUAUCCCGGGUCCAGUGCAGUCGCCACCUUGGUUCUCCGGACCCCCAAAUCCUCAGGCCACCAGCCGCUCACCCUAGAAGCACUGAGCAUCAGAGAAAGCGUACUGGAGCCCUGCAGCUAGGUGGCUUUCCUCUCACUCCUAAGAGGCACUGAGCGCCGGGACCCAACCUUCCGCCGGUCUCUCCUGCUGGUCUCUCUGCCCACCUUUCCUUGGUUUCCCAGCGUCCUUAACCCUCAGCGGGAAGUGGCGAUGCGCGAGGGGUUGCUGAGGGAGCUCAGCUCCUGAGCCUGAGCCAGCUGGCACCAUGCGCUUGUGGCCGCUGCCUCUCAUCGUGGUCCCUGGCUUGCUGCAGCUGCUGUUUUGUGAAAGUGAAAAGGUGAUACACAGCACGGAGGGUGUGGACUGGGAAGAAAGAAAUGUUCCAGGAACGUUGGUUGGACACUCAAGGAUUACCAAUCCUCUGCGUCUAUUUGUUAAACGGGCUCCAGGGCCAAAGCCAGCAUAUGCAGACAGCAUGGAAAGCUUUUGGGACUGGCUGACCAACAUCACAGAGAUUCAGGAGCCGCUGGCAAGAACUAAAAGACGGCCAAUAGUGAAAACAGGAAAAUUUAAGAAAAUGUUUGGGUGGGGUGACUUCCAUUCGAACAUUAAAACUGUCAAACUUAACCUGCUCAUCACAGGGAAAAUUGUUGAUCAUGGAAAUGGAACUUUCAGUGUUUAUUUCCGACAUAAUUCGACAGGUUUGGGCAAUAUUUCAGUGAGCUUGGUACCUCCCUCUAAAGCAGUGGAAUUUGAAGUAGCCCCCCAAUCUACCUUGGAGACUAAGGAAUCCAAAUCUUUCAACUGCCAUAUUGAGUAUGAAAAAACAGACCGGGCAAAGAAGACCGCUUUGUGCAAUUUCGACCCAUCCAAGAUCUGCUACCAGGAGCAGACUCAGAGUCAUGUGUCCUGGUUAUGUUCCAAACCCUUCAAGGUCAUCUGCAUUUACAUUGCCUUUUACAGUGUUGAUUAUAAACUUGUACAAAAGGUUUGUCCUGACUACAAUUACCAUAGUGAGACACCAUAUUUAUCUUCUGGAUGAAUCUUUUCUCAGUUAAUAGAAAUAUAAUACUCUUGUUAAUUUACCCAGGAUGCCCAAGAAACAGGCCCAGCUUUUCACGGCAAAGGAUCCCUUCUAUUUCUGGCAGUGGCUUAUAAUUCUUUGUCCAGUUUCCAAAUUAAAAAAAAAAGUCAAAUGUGAAGUGCAUUUGUUUUGGUGAUAAGUACCUUUAUUUAAAAAGUCAAACUGAUUAUGAAACCAUCAUUUUUCUGUGCAAUGGUAACAUUCUGGAAAUGUUACUUCUCUGUAAGAAGCAUCAGCAGUAGCUGUAUGUGAAGGGAGUACUCAAAUUAUGCAUGUAAUAAGCAUUGCUUUUCAAUGAGCCUGCCUUUGAAAUGUUUUGGAAGGUUUUCAUAGAGUAGGUUCAGUAAAGUAUCUGAAAGAUGGUAUUUAAUAGAUGGAUUGUGUUUCUGGUGUUGAACACAUUUUAAACUUCCUAUCUCUUCAAAUUGGUGUCAGUUUUAAUAGCUGCAAUAUCAGGAGAACCAAACACACUAAUGAGGUUGAUGCAUGUUACUAUUAUGAUUCUCAUCUGAGUGAUAUUGGAAUGAACCUUUUGGGUAUUAGAUUAGCAAAUGUGGGUCUAAGUCAACUCAACAGUAAUGAAGAUGAUGAUGUUUUAUACACUUCAGUGAUGCAAAAUUAUUUUUUAAAGUUUUAUUUAUAUUAAAAUUUAGGACUUCAUUUCCUUCAUUUGACAGUCUGACUUUAUCUAUAUUUGUGGAACAAUUCUAAAACUGAAAGAAGGUGUUUCUGUGCAGUUAUGGGCUCAUUAUUGUAGUCCCUCAGAUUAGGAUUUUCUUUUUGUUUAGGUAAUGAGAAUAAGAAUUCUGAGUGGAAAUAAUAAGUUACAUUUGAGUGUCCCUAAAUGUUAAAUGCUGAUUUCUGCAAUCCCUUGUCACUGAGCUUUUGAAAUUACUUUACUCUGUGUCCUCAUCUUCUAGAAGAGUUGGGUGGUCAUGUUUAUGAUGUAACUUUACACUGUAUGCGAACAGACAAAGGGAGAAGUCUUCUAGGACUUGUGGGUGCUCUCCUCGUAGCUGAUGUUAACUUCUUUCUCACUUCUCAACUAUACAAUAUCAGUAAAGUAAAACACUCAAAGAGGACUCACUGCAGGUAAGUCCUAACCAACAAAUAUGCUCUUAUUACACUGUUAAGAAAGCUAAGAGCUUUGUUCUCUAUUUUACAUUCCUAUUCUGUUCUUUUCCUGGUGAUAUCUGUAGUGUCUUAUUUUGUCUUUGUACAGGUUGCGCUAGGCUUAGUAUGAGGUAGUCCAUGAUUGACGUUUCUCCUUUGAGAUCAUUGGGUGUUUUUGUGAUUUUAUUGUUGGUAAAUAAUAUUUUGAGACAACUUUUUAUGUCCGUCUAGAAACAUGAGUAAAUACUAUUUAUUGUAAAAUAUGUGGAAACGUGUACUUAUAAUUUUCUGUAUACAUUUUUUCUGUAUGCAUUUUUAUGUAAAUAAAAUAAUUUGCUAGUU